AUAUAUAUGUAUAUAUGUAAGGCUCGCUUUCGUCUGCGCGGCGGCGCUGGAGCUUUAGUGGCCCCCUCCGUGAAAGCCGAGGCGGGGAGACUGCCGUGCGCGGGCCCUGCAAGAAAUGAGUGACAUGGACUCAUACAAGGUUCUUCUGGAUGGGCCAGCACCAUGGGGGUUCAGACUGCAGGGUGGCAAGGACUUCAACAUGCCACUUUCCAUUUCCAGGCUCACCCCCGGGGGCAAGGCAGCCCAGGCAGGAGUUGGAGUUGGGGACUGGGUGCUCAGCAUUGAUGGAGACAGCACCAGCACCAUGACCCACAUUGAAGCCCAGAACAAGAUCCGUGCCUGUGGGGACAAACUCUCCCUCAGCUUAAGCAAAGUCCAGAAUCUCCUAGGCAGACCUCAGAAGGCACAGAAUCCCGACAAGCACUCUCUGCGGCUGGUGAGCCUGCCGGCUUUCUUCCCCAGCGACAGCAGUAAAAAGAGACUUAUUGAGGACACAGAGGACUGGCGACCACGGACUGGGACUACUCAGUCUCCUUCUUUCCGCGUUCUGGCCCAUCUCACAGGCACAGAAUUCAUGCGAGACCCAGAUGACGAGCAUCUUAAGGCGGCCAGAGAAAAGUUUGUCCUGGAUCUCCGGAGCCCCCGUUACACUCACCUGCGUGACUGGCACCACCAGCGAUCGGCUACCGCUCUGAAUGUGCUCUCCUACCAGGUCUCCAUACCAGAUCUGCCUUCUGCACCAGCCUUGACAGUGGAGCCUGGAUAUGGCUCUACUGCUCCAAAACCUGCACCUAUCACAGGGCCUUCCAGUCGUCCACCGUGGGCUGUGGAUCCUUCCUUCGCUGAGCGAUAUGCACCAGAUAAAACUAGCACUGUGCUGAGCACGCACAGCCAGCCGGCCACCCCAACGCCUGUGCAGAACCGCAACUCUAUUGUCCAGGCUGCACAGCAAGCCCCGGAGAGUGCCAGCAAAACGCCCGUCUGCUAUCAGUGCAACAAAAUCAUCAGGGGGCGCUACCUGAUGGCUCUGGGACGCUACUACCACCCAGAAGAGUUCACCUGCUCACAAUGCAGGAAGGUGCUUGACGAGGGUGGCUUUUUUGAAGAAAAGGGCUCCAUCUUUUGCCCCAAGUGUUACGACAUGCGCUACGCCCCCAAUUGUGCCAAGUGCAAGAAGAAGAUUACGGGGGAGAUUAUGCAUGCUCUGAAGAUGACCUGGCAUGUCCAGUGCUUUGUCUGUGCUGCCUGCAGAACACCCAUCCGCAAUCGUGCUUUCUACAUAGAAGAGGGGCAGCCCUACUGUGAGAGAGAUUAUGACAAGAUGUUUGGGACUAAGUGCCGUGGCUGUGAUUUCAAAAUAGACGCUGGCGAUCGUUUCCUUGAGGCCCUGGGCUUCAGCUGGCACGACACUUGCUUUGUUUGUGCGAUCUGCCAGAUCAAUUUGGAAGGAAAGACGUUCUAUUCCAAAAAGGACAAGCCGCUGUGCAAGAGCCAUGCUUUCUCCCACGUGUGAGACAGAGGAGACCUUAUGUGCUCAAGCUGCUGCCUGCCCCAAAACUCUGCCAUCCCUCUUUCCUGUCCUGAGAGAGCCCCCAGACCAAAGGUCUCACUUGACCAUUUUUUUCCCCAUAGAGGGAAAGGGUAAAACGCUCAGGGUCCUUUUCGGGAGGUUUACAACUGUCGUAUUUUUUUUCCCCACCUAAACUGGUGUUCUUCCUAUGUAUUUGGCUUUUAUCUUUUGCAGACUCCAUCCAACUUGUGGUUGAAAUUGCUAGACAUUUGGGGAGUUGAAGUCCAGGACUUCUAGAGGACACCAGCUUAGGGAUACUGUAGAGUUCUGUGCCUAUUUCAGCCAAAGAAGUUUCUCCCGAGUAAAGGAUCCCAAACGAUACAGCAUGCUUGAAAUGAAGCAUCAGCUGGCCUUCCCUAGAAGUCAUUAACUCAGUGAAAACUUGCUAUUAAACCUCCAGGGAAAAGUGGGGGAAGGCAAGUUUUUCCCCAGAGUUUACUAGCAUUACUUUCUGUCCCCUUUGCAAUGUAAUUACCAACAAUCCUCUGCCCUGUCUUCUCUGACAAAGCAUUUGCAAAGGGCUUCUGUAAUCAGGUUGGCUUUUGCCCAUUGGCAUGUAUU